AUGGUUUUACGAGUAUUGAACGUCGCGGAGAAACCAUCGGCUGCGAAAGAAAUCGCAAAUGUUCUCAAAGCUGGUCAGCAAUGUGAGACAAGGCCUGGCCUGUCUCGCUUCAAUCAGAUAUAUGACUUUGACAUGAAUCUAGCAGGGAAUCGUGCGCGUAUGUCAUUCACUUCGGUGCUUGGUCAUCUAAAAGGUACUGACUUCGAAGACCGGGUUCGGAAAUGGGGUUCAUGCGAUCCGGUUGAUCUGCUGGAUCGAAGUCGCACGAAAGUAGAAUGGUUUGUUCCUGAGGACAAACAACCGAUCGCAGAAACACUUCGACGGGAAUCACGGCGUGCAGACUGGCUGGUUCUUUGGCUCGAUUGCGAUUCAGAAGGAGAGAAGAUUGCAUUCGAUGUGGCCGAUGUCUGCAAGCAAGGGAAGCCGAGCAUUGUCGUGAGACGUGCAAGGUUCUCUGCGAUGACUCAUGGUGAUCUUUUUCGUGCUGUGGCGCAACUAGGUGAGCCAAACGAAAGAGUUGCGCAGAUGGUAUCGACGAGACAAGAGAUUGAUUUACGCGCCGGCUCCGCGUAUACCCGCUUCCUCACCAUUCAGCUUGAAAAAUUUUCCCUGGUCGGAGAUGACGAACGGCAGAUUGUGAGUUACGGGCCUUGCCAAUUUCCUACACUGGGGCUAGUUGUUGACCGCUGGCUGAAGAUCCAAAAUUUCGUGAGGAGGCCGUUCUGGGUCUUUGACUUAUUCGUGAAGGACUGCAAAGUGCAGUUUGAUUGGGCAAGGAAACAUCUUUUUGAUGAGUACACAUCCAUGGCUCUUUAUGAGCUUUGCAUAGAAGAAGCUGAGCAGGAUGGUAUGAUGGUCUCGGUUACCCGUGUGGAUAAACGGAUGAAGAACCGGUGGAGACCAUUGCCUUUGUCGACGGUCGAGCUUCAAAAAGUUGCCUCACGAAGCCUGCGAAUAAGUUCACAUCGCGCCAUGGAAGUUGCCGAAUCGCUCUACAAUAAAGGACUCAUUAGCUACCCACGGACAGAGACAGACCGCUUCGACAAAUCAUAUAACCUGAGGGAUCUCGUGGGGAAGCAGGUUGGCCAUCUAGAUUGGGGACCGUUUGCUUCCCGGCUACUGUCGCCCCCGAGUGAAGAAGAUGCGUUAGCUUUCACAUGGCCUCGUUCGGGGAGCAAUGAUGAUGGUGCACACCCUCCUAUCCACCCAACGGAUGUGGCUCCAGCCAGGUUCGAGUCCACGGAUCAUCAGAAAAUCUAUGAGUACAUCACAAAGCGAUUUCUCGCUGCAUGCUCUAUCGAAGCAAGGGCUUCAGAGACGAGAGUUGAAGUUCGAGCAGGUACCUCGGAAUUCUUCACGGCUCGAGGACUGAUUAUCGAAGAAAAGGGGUAUUUGGAAGUCAUGUACCCUUUUGAGAAGUGGACAGACAAGGACAUGCCAGUAGCUCUACUGCACGUAAACGCGAAGUUACUAAUUGACUCUUUGAUGCUUCGCCAGAGUCAAACUCAGCCACCCCCGUUACUGCAAGAGUCAGACUUAAUCGCAUUGAUGGACCACCACGGAAUUGGAACAGACGCUACGAUUGCCGAACACAUUAAGAAAGUGUUGGAUCGGAGUUACGUGGAGAAGGUGCGCGGGGGAGGGUUCUCACCAACACAAAUUGGACAGGCUCUGGUUAUUGCACAUGAACAGUGUCAGCUACAUCUGGCGCGCCCGGACAUGCGAGCAAAACAGGAACGGCAACUCAAACAGAUUUUGACGUCGGAGAUGGAGCCUGCCGACGUUCUCACAAAUGCCCUCUCCGAGUAUCAAUCCAAAUUCCGACAUCUUCGUCAAAACCGAGACGUUUUGGAUACCGUUUUCAGUGAGCGUUUUCAAGCCGUCACUGCUCGCACAUGGGCUACUCUUAUCCCCCAAUUUUCUCGAUGUGGAGCUUGCAGUCAGCUCAUGGACCUAAAAUGCUCCCACAGCAGUAACGGUGGUGGACGUGGACAAGCCACAUCGAGGGGACACGGUCGAGGAAGAAGACGGGCCCAGGCACAUGCCAGUGUGAGACAAGAGGGAGCAGACCGAGCCUUGGACUGCAUUCCAUGCAACAAGACGCUGAAAGUUCCCCGCAAUGGUAACCUGGAACGCUCACAGCAUGAAUGCCCAAUAUGUAGGUACCAAGUAAUUUCUGUCACUAACUCCACAAGUAACUCAACACAUACCGUAUGCCCUAUGUGCAUGAACAAUCCGCCCCCCGAGCCUGGUUUCAAUCCCGAGGGGAAAACUUCAGAAUUCCGGUGCUUUAAUUGCACCAACAGUCAAUGUCGCCUUGCCCGGGGAACGCCAGCAGGACUCUCAGAUGUAGCCAAGUGUCCAAAAUGCGGACGGCCGUGCGCUUUGCGGGAAACAUCAUCUGGAAGCAGAUUGGUAUCUUGUACUGCGGGGCGUGGAAAUUGCGAUUUCGUCUACUUCUUCCCACGCAACUCUGUCGAACGCCUUGGGCGUGCAAAUGGAUCCUGUGAGCGCUGCGGCUCUGCGGUGCUGGAGGUUUUUUUCUCGUCAGCUGCACGACCCCCAGGAGCACCGCAAUGUUUCAAGGGCUGCAUUUGGUGCGAUUCGCGCUACGAGAGCGCUUUGCGUGCAUUAGGUGAGGAUCGUGAUGUGCCAAGGCAUCCAAAUCCUGGGAGUAGGUUCGGCGGGCGGCGUGGUAGGGGUCAAGGGUACAACUUAAGAGGCGGGGGACAUGGAUUUAGUGGAGUCGAUAUCGAAGGCCGCGGCCGUGGUGGGGUUCGGGGGGGCCAACACGGAAGGGGACAAUCUGGAAUCCGUUUCCCCCGAUGA